AUGACCGGUGUAAGGGGACUGAGCACAGAUACACCCGACCUUGGCGAAUUCUCAAAUAGACGCCUAGAAAGGGCAUCACUGAAUCGGCGUGAAGCUUUGCGUUUGAGUUGUGAUACGAGCCCUUCAGGUAGAGGAGAUGGUGAUAGAGGUUCCUCGUCAACCGUAGAGAGCGGUAAAGGACUGUGCUCCUUGUCAGGUCCAAGUGCGAGGGAUAAGAGCGCUCCGGUAAAGGUUAUAGAUGAUGCCACCGCACAAGGAAGGAGACGAUUGCUAACACUUACAAACACCACCAAUGAUGGCACCAACCACACCACCCAAUCCCCAGGAGAAUCCCAUGAUUGCAUAGGCCCGACCUUCGUUCGUUGGGUUCUUGACGUUCCGAACAAAGUACAAGUCAACGCCAUUCCCAACAACGAGACAAAGAGAACCGUUCUUCGCCCAUGCUUUUCGGCGACU